AUGUCGCUCACCGUCUGUCGUUUACUCCCUUUCCCUUAUUCUAGAUCGCUUACCCUCUGUCACUUAUCCCUUUUUCCUUAUCUCUUACCUCGAUCGCCUGUCCCCCAUUGCCCCCUCCCGGCCCGGCAGGAGGACGCGGUGCUGCUGCGGCACGCGCUGAGGCACGGCACGCGGCAGUGGGGGCGGCUGGUGCGAGGCAAGCAGCUCGCGCGCGGCAACAAGGCGUGCUGCAACCGCUUCCUCUUCCUCAAAAAGAAGUUUACGCAGAAGCACGCUGACGUCACGCACCCAGCUCAGCAACUGUUCCAGCAAGGCCCGACCGUUUCCCCGUCUUCCAGACAGCCACAUCGGCACAUGUGGAGCCGUCCUGACGUGGCAUUGCAAUAUGGCGGGCUGUCAUUGGUCGAGUGCAUGCAGCUGUUCCUCCCCCCUGGUCUCCGAGACACCCCGGAAGCAUCUGAUGGUUCACCUGACCAUAUCCCUGCUGCUGUUGCUACUACUGCUGACAGAGAGCCUGCAGCAGCAGCAGCAGCAGCAGCAGCAGCAGCAGCAGCAGCAGCAGCAGCAGCAGCAGCAGCAGCAGGAGCACAGCAGAGCACGGCAGCAGUGGCAGCUCACCAGCUGGCCCACAUUCUCUACCCCGACUCACAUGCCACUAAUGAUCGUACCAUGGAUUCAAUCCACGCACACCCCAUGGAUCGGGGGAUGAAGAGGCUUCGCAAUGACGAUGACACGGGAUUCAGCCCUGGCGCCGCUCACACCAACACUUGUGAAGGCCUGUCGACCUUGGCUGUGCGCUCACUGCUUCUGCGGGCCGCUGACAGCCAGGCCUGCCAGCGUCAGUGCGAGAGCAGCAUCAACACACCCUCCUCGGGCUCUCUCCCCGCCCUUGACUGGCCUCUAUCCUUCUCAACCUCCCUCUCAUCCUCCUUCGCAUCCUCCCUUGCACCCGCCCUCUCACCCUCCUUCACACCCUCUUUUUCGCCCUCCCUCGCACCCUCCCUCUCACCUACCCUCGCGACCACCUCUCGGCCCUACCUAGCCCGACCGCUCGCAUCCGCGUCUCAAUGGCGGGCCACCACUCGCACGCCGUUCACCUUCGGCCUGAUGCAAAGCUCCCGCAUUCUGCAAUCCCUCCCUCCUGACAGCCUUCUGCCGUCCGUCCGCUCGACCGUCCCUCCUCCUAACGCUCAAACCAUCGUUUCCCCCACGGCUCCUCCUCACAACCUGCUCACGUCCCCUCCCUCUUCGAUACCCUCUCGUUCCUCUCACUGCCUGUCUGCUGCUCCCUUCACACCCACUGCCUCCCCAAGCAACGCUGCUUCCUCCGCUUCUGUUGACCUCUCCCCGCCCUCCUCCCAUACCUCCUCACAACCCUCCUCCCAGCACGUCUUUCAAUCCACCUCCCAACCCUCGUCCCACCUAUCCUCCCAGCGCACCGCUGUGCCAGUGGAAUCACUGGAGAGGCCGCACAAGAUGCCUCGGACGAGCCGAGGCGUGUUGCCCCCCGCUGCUCUGGAAUUCGCCCGUUCCUUUUUUCCCGGGCUGCCCGCCAAGGAUGAUCCCCAGGGAGGCGAGAGCAGCGACGGGCAGCAAGCGUCGAACCACACGUGCACUAAUGCGAGGGGAUGCUUGCUUAGCGCAACGGAAAGCCUGACUGGUGCUAGGGAAAGCCUGACUAGUGGGGGGCAGGAACGUGGAGGGAAUGAAGCAACAGAGCUGCCUCAGAUGGCUUGCCAACCUUCACUUCCUGACAUGGUUACUGCUGCAGCUGCUGGUGCUCCUGGUGUAACGGUUGCGCCUGCUGAGACUGGCACUCAAGAUGUGACUGAAUCCCCUGCAGCAGCGGCUCUUGCUGCAGCAGCAGAAGGCAUAUGUCAGGGGGAGCUUUCGAUAUGGAAUGAUCUGAUAGAGCUGGAGGGCGAGGUGGAGGGGGUGGUGUGCGGUGUGGAGAAGAGAGCAGGGAUUACAGUGGGCUCUUUCUGUGAGCUGGAGGAUCUCUUUGAGGAGAACAGUAAACUAUUGUAG